AUGGUUUUACAAAAAGAUCAGCUAGCUAGAGAACGUAGGGACUUGGGAACUGUCAAAAUGGUGUCGACGUGGUGUGUGUUCCUAGCCCUGAUUGGUUGCUCUGUGACCCAGGCCGCCAGUGGCUGUCCAAAGACACCAUCAGAAUGUGGAGGCGCCAACACAAAUGGAAACAUCAUCGACCUGCAAGAGCCGCAAAAGCCUGGCCCGUUUCAUGACUUGACCAAAGCUGAGAUGACUGAGCUCCGUAAGUUCCUGGAGAAAGAUCCUAAUAUCCGAGCCGCCAACACGAGCACAGCCACCGUCAGCUCCAGCUUUAUCUACAUGGCUGAUCUGUACCUGCCUAAGAAAUCAGAGGUUCUCAAAUUCCUGGAUUCUAUGGGUAAGCAACCUGCCAGGUAUGCACGUGUGAUGAUGAACCGUGGUGACCUUGACCCCCCUGUGAUAGAAGAAUAUGUCUGUGGACCUCUGCCUAGCGUCAAAAGUUGCGACCUGCUUAAGAUUAGAAACAGAAGGAACCCAGUCGAGUUCUCUUUCAGAUUAAUUAGAGAGCCGUUUUCUCCACUCAACAGACCGUUUAAUCAGAUGGAGUUUGAUGCAAUCUACGACUACAUUUGGGAACCUCUAGAAACUAAGAUCGGCCACAUUUUACGUGAAAGCUACAACGCCUCGAUAACCGGAUGUGACGAUGACCCGACAGAUUGUCUGACCUACAAUCCAAUUCCUUUAGGGACUGGAUUGUUGAGCAACAUCAAUCAAAGGCGAAUGUGGCUGUUCGCCAUGUACAAUAUCCCCUUCUACGUUCUCCACCCCCUCGACUUUGGCGUCCUGUGUAACCUCGAGGGUUCGGAUCCCAGCAAGUGGACCGUAGACAUGUUGUGGUAUGCUGGCCAAAUGUACAACACGGUAGAUGAUCUAGUUGCCGGCCACAAGGCGAAAACAAUCCCCACGGUGAAAGUGGUCAAGCCAAAAGAGACCAACGAACUAUUUAGCACUUUGCACAGACGAGGACAGCCUCUACCCAAGAAACCACAGAGAGCACCAAUACAGGUAGAGCCAGACGGCAAGAGGUACUCACUCAAACACAGGAAGGUGGAGUACAUGGGCUGGACCUUCAACUUCCGGAUGUCAGCACUGACUGGACCUUCGCUCUAUGACGUCAGGUUUAAAGGGGAGAGAAUCGCUUACGAGCUUGGUCUGGCUGAGAUAUCCGUGUUUUAUUCCGGUGGCGCCCCUUUGUCCCAAAUAACAAACUACGUGGACAGUGGCGUGCUACUGGGGUCUCACUCCAAGUCAAUGGUACCGGGGGGUGACUGCCCUGAGUUCUCUACCCUUGUCAACCAGACAUUCUGGAGUCAGCAUCAAGACGAACCUGGAGUCUUUGACGCCACUUUCUGUUUGUUCGAGAUCAACAACGGUUACCCGAUUAGGAGACACUCGUCCUAUGAGAAGGAAGCUGGUUCGUUCUAUGGCGGCAUGUUGGAUUCUGUACUCACACUAAGAUCCGCGUUGACAAUAGGCAACUAUGAUUACAUCAUCGACUUCAUCUUCCAUCAAAAUGGCGUUGUCGAGGCGAGAUUAAUGAGCACAGGUUACAUCCAGUCCAGCUUUUACUCUGACCUUGAGAAGUCCUAUGGCUUUAAACUUGAGAAAUCACUGACCGGAAGUGUCCACCACCACAUGGCCCACUUUAAAGCUGACCUGGAUGUGGGUGGUACGUCUAACCGUUAUGAGACUCUGGACAUCGUCAACGAAGUAGUUUCAAUCAGAGAGAACCCAGGCAUGAUGUACCAGCAAACAAAGUACACGAGAAACCUGAAGAAAACGGAGCGAGAAGCUGUCUACGACUACAACUUUCACACGCCAAAGUAUCUUGUCGUACACAACGAGGCCAAGAAAUCCAAAUUUAAUGAGCUCAAGGGUUACAGAAUUCAGCUAAACGGCAUCUCUCACAACCUGCUGCCACGUGACCGGGGCAAUGAGGGCACCAUCCCCUGGGCACGGCACCAGAUGGUGGUCACCAGACACAAGGACGACGAGAUCUGGUCCAGCUCCAACUACGGCAUGUUUGACGGCCUUGACCCUGUAGUCAACUUCACCAAGUUUUAUGAUGACGACGAAGACAUUGUUGACCAGGACCUGGUAUUCUGGCUGACUGGGGGCAUGCAUCACAUCCCCCACACUGAAGACCUGCCUGUGACCCCAACUGUAGGCAAUCACUUGACCUUCUUCUUGCUGCCCUACAACUAUUUCGAUGAGUGUCCGUCAAUGGGUUCACGGGAUGCAAUGUAUAUCAAACACAUUGACCCACGUGACCCCACCAAAGGUGUUACUGUUGACAGGAACGGCAACUCAAAGCUACAGUGCGUCAUACCUAUACCUUCCCUUGAAAAUGAUGUCGCUAAGAAUCCAGAUUUAGUCCUGGAAAGCAAGAAGAAAAAUUUCAUUUAUUAAUUAAUUUCUGUCACUCCAGCCAAGUAGGCAUAUCAAUCGCAAAAUGAAAACUUUCACACGAUAAAACAGAGAUUCCAGAAUUAUUUUAUUUAUCAAUGAAAUUUUCAAAAUGAUUAUAAAGUAUAAAAUGUAAAGAAUAAAAUAGUCGC